AUGCGUGACAAGGGUUUAUGGUUCCGAUCGUUGUUGAGUAGAAGUACUGUCCAACGCACUGCUCGCGUCGUCUUCGCUCGUCGAGCUCUGAGGCGGCCGCGGAGAGCGACGACGAUGGAGGCUGGCAGAGACAGCACGCAAUGUGCGGCGGCCGCGCGACCGGCACCCCCGCGCGAGGCGACGCACAGGAGCACGGUCGUACCAGGCACAGAGGCGGCCGACGCAGGGGCGUCGAGCGGGCGUGGCACCGCCGGCACCGCUGCACACAGCCCACAGGAAGCGCCGGCGCGUCCGCCGCUGCCCGCGAAUCACGAGGGGAAGUGCAAGUUCUACGUGGAAGAGAAGAAGCGGUACUGCAAGCUCCAGGCCGGCGUCGGCAAGGACUACUGCGGCGUCCACGCCCGCGACGUCCUCGGCACGGACGAGGAGCGCGUCCCCUGCCCGAUCGACCCCCGCCACGACGUUGCCAAGCGGGACCUGGCCUGGCACGUGAAACGGUGCCCCGCUGCGCUGCAACGGCAGCGGCACACGUCCGCCGCGUGCGUCGAGGCCGGCGCGAACGAGGGCCACAGCGACGACGACGCCGACGUGUCCGUCCCCGGCGCCGCCGAACAACGCAGCGUGCAGCAACAGCGCGAAGCAUUCGCGCGGUUCAGGGGACUUGCGUGGCUGCGGAGCCUGAUGCGGCGCGUCGAGGCGGCGCACCGGGUCGAGUGCGGCUCGCUCGAGGGGUUCGCUGGCGACGUUCGCGAACUGAGACCCCCAGAGUGCGAGCCGUAUAUGAAGCCUGAUCGGUUGAGAGCAUUCAACGAGCGGCACGCGAAACAGCAGGCGUCGAUCGCGGCGCACUUGGCCGACAGCGGGCUGCUAACGCUGCGUGGAAGCGCGUCCGGUGGGAACGGGGUCGGGGCGAUCGUGGAGCUCGGCGCGGGCAAAGGAUAUCUGUCGCAAAUGAUUGUUGAUAUGUGUUUUGUGGAUACCGUGGUGCUGGUGGAUAACGCCGCGUUCCGCCUCAAGGCGGACCGGCACCUGCGCGACCGCGUCGAGUUCCUACGGAUGCGUCUGGGCAUCGAGGAGGUCAAUUGCCACGACGCACCGCCGUUGCUGAGGCCGGAGCAGGGUAGCGGCGAUGCGGGCUCGGACGGCCGGAGGUGGAUCGGCGUCGGGAAGCACCUGUGCGGGGCCGCGACGGACUUCGCGCUGCGUGCGUGCGUGGCCGGGCGGCGGCACGACGGCCUGGCGCAGCGCAGGACCUCUGAUGACUCGGGCUUGCGGCACAAGCGACAGAAGGCGGGCGGGGAGGUGCGUGCGCCGUGCGUCGGUUUGGGUGUUUCGACGUGCUGCCACCACCGGUGCACGUGGCGGCACUUAUGCGGGAAGGAGUUGUUCCGGAGACACGAAUUCUCGAAAGAAGAGUUCGAGAUAGUGUCCUGGAUGACCGGCUGGGCGCUCUGCGGGCACGACGUCCCGCCCGGCUGCGGGGACGACAGCGACGGCGAGGGCGCGAGCGGGUCGGGCUCCGGGAGGCCCGGGGAGGACUCGGAGGGGCCUAGGAAGAGGGGGGGACUCCGGCCGGGCGGCCUGACGUGGCGGGAGGUCGCGGACGAGGUGCCGCGGGCGGAGCGGAUGCGCGUGGGGAUGAUGUGCAAGCACCUUAUCGACGCGGCGCGCCUGGAGUGGCUGCGGGACCGCCGCGUCGAACACGCUCGCAUCGUCAAGUACGUUGCGCCGGAGGUGUCUGGCGAGAACCGGCUGCUGCUCGCACGCUUCCACGCGAACGAUGACGGCGCGGCGGGCGCAGCGGCGUGA